AUGUCGAACCGACCAAACGCUCCGCCUGCUCACACCCUGGGCCCGAAGGCCCUUGCUCUGGAUGGCCGCGAGGUUGACCUCCUCCACUACAUUCAUAACCGACCAGACAUCAAGCAACUGCGCGGAAACCCGCAAAAGGUCAUCGCUGCCAUCGAUGAUUACCACUCAGAGUUCAACAUUCUCAUGAAUGUUGGUGCUGUCAAGGGAGCGUUCGUAACCGAUCUGAUCGCAGAACGCAAGCCAUCGGUGAUGAUCGAACUCGGCGGUUACGUGGGCUACUCUGCCAUUCUUUUCGGCGACGCGAUCCGAGCGAAUGGAGGAAAGCAGUUCUUGAGCAUUGAGAAAAACCCAGAAGUGGCUGCUGUCGCCAACCAGCUUGUUGAUUUAGCUGGGCUACGUGAUACAGUUCGCAUUCUUGUCGGGCCCAGCGAUGAGGUCCUGCGGGAGCUUGUUCGUGAUCGCAAGGAAAUUACUCAGGUAGAGAUGAUUUUCAUUGAUCACUGGCAAAAGUUGUAUCGACCAGAUUUGUGGCUGCUUGAAGAAUUAGAUGUCUUGAUUCCCGGGACCUCGGUGCUCCUCGCUGAUAAUGUGAUCAUGCCUGGCGCACCGGAGUAUUUGGAGUGGGUGCAGGCCACGACUGGGCAGAAGAGAGAGUUGGUCAAGAAGCUGGAUGUUGGAUCGCUCACACCAAACCCGAAUCUCGUGUAUGAGACCACUGUUUCUGAAUUUGACACUACGUUUGGAAAGGACGGUGUGGCGGUUACUCGAGUAAUGGGGGAGCAGAGUGCUUGA